AUGGAGGUUUCAUUACUUCUAAAGGAGGUACUUUUAUGCCGAGAUGUCAGAGUUCAAGUACCGACGGUCGCGCUACGUGGCGAAGGCGUGUUAUUGCAAUGUUUAUAUGAUCUCGAGGGAGAUUCUUUGUAUUCUGUUAAAUGGUACAAGGAUAAUGAAGAAUUCUUCCGAUAUGUACCAAAGGCCAAUCCGGUACUGCACAGUUACAGAUUGGAAGGAAUCAAAGUUGAUCACCAUAAAUCCGACAGCAGACGCGUGUUCCUGAGGUCGGUGACGUUGAAAACUAGCGGCGUGUUCCGGUGCGAAGUGUCGGCGGAGGCGCCGUCGUUCUCGUCGGGACAAGAGGAAGGAACACUCCACGUCGUGCAUCUCCCAAAAGAUGGUCCUCAUAUUACCGGAGAGCGAACUCAAUAUGAAAUUGGAGAUGACAUCAAUUUAAAUUGUACCUCUGGAAGAUCUCAUCCACCAUCUAUUUUACAAUGGUUUAUCAAUGACAAACAGGUAACGCGUCCCGACAUGCUGGUGCCGCUCGCCCCCGUGCUCCAUCCGGGCGGCCUGGCGACAUCCGCCCUCGGGCUGCGCUUCUCGGUGCGAGCCUCGCACUUCGUGGCGGGAUCCAUGCGUGUUCGCUGUGUGGCGAGCGUCACGCCCGCGGCGCCCGUGCUCUGGUCGGCAGGGCAGGAGAUGGCUCCGGUGCUGGGAACAGCUUCGACAGUGGUACUGGACAAUAGGGAAGCCAUGCUGCUGGUACGAAGUGAUAGCAUAAGACUGAGGCCAUCUCUGCUUCAAUCUUCCAUAAUUCUGCUUCUUCUAACAACAUGGUUCAUUUAG